GCCGCCUGUCUAAACCGCGGUCGCCUGCGCUCGCGACUCGGCUAAGCUCCUCUGGAAGGAGCGGCCAGUGGGCCGGCGUCCUGUCGGCGGGGUGCGAGGCUGACUUGCAGAGCGGCCACUUCCUUCUGGUGCCUGGGCCGCCCAGAAGAACCUGGGCGGGGCUGCGGCGCGGCGGGCUGACCGGCCCCUGGAGCCGAGACCCCGGGACGCAGGCGGAGGCGCACUCCGGUGGGCUCCCGGCGCCGGGCGGAGGCUGAGGGGACCAUGUCCGGGGGGAACUUCCGCCUCUCCACCACCGAACGCGUCAUCAAAGCUGUCCCCUUCCCUCCAACCCAAAGGCUUACUUUGAAGGAAGUCUUUGUGAAUGGGAAACCUAAUAGUGACGUCUUGAAAAACCAUUUGGUGAAGGAAGGGCGACUGGAAGAGGAAGUAGCCUUAAAGAUAAUCAAUGAUGGGGCUGCCAUCCUGAGACAAGAGAAGACUAUGAUAGAAGUAGAAGCUCCAAUCACGGUGUGUGGUGACAUUCAUGGACAAUUCUUUGACUUGAUGAAGUUGUUUGAAGUUGGAGGAUCACCUACUAACACACGCUACCUCUUUCUGGGUGACUAUGUGGACAGAGGCUAUUUCAGUAUAGAGUGUGUACUGUAUUUAUGGAGUUUAAAGAUUAAUCAUCCCAAAACAUUGUUUCUGCUUCGGGGAAAUCAUGAAUGCAGGCAUCUUACCGAAUAUUUCACCUUCAAACAGGAAUGUCUAAUCAAAUAUUCUGAACAGGUGUAUGAUGCAUGUAUGGAUACAUUUGACUGUCUCCCUCUCGCGGCCCUCUUAAAUCAGCAGUUUCUGUGUGUACAUGGUGGGAUGUCACCUGAAAUUACUUGUUUAGAUGACAUUAGUAAAUUAGACAGGUUUAAAGAACCUCCAGCCUUUGGGCCAGUGUGUGACCUCCUUUGGUCUGAUCCCUUAGAGGAGUAUGGCAACGAAAAGACCUUGGAGCACUAUACCCACAACACUGUCCGGGGGUGCUCUUACUUUUACAGUUACCCUGCAGUUUGUGACUUUUUGCGGAAUAAUAAUUUGUUAUCAAUAAUCAGAGCCCAUGAAGCCCAAGAUGCUGGGUAUCGAAUGUACAGGAAGAGCCAAACAACAGGCUUUCCAUCACUCAUUACAAUUUUCUCUGCCCCCAAUUACCUAGAUGUCUAUAACAAUAAAGCUGCUGUGUUAAAAUAUGAAAACAAUGUCAUGAAUAUCAGGCAGUUUAACUGUUCUCCACACCCCUACUGGCUUCCAAACUUUAUGGAUGUUUUCACGUGGUCUUUGCCUUUUGUUGGGGAAAAAGUCACAGAGAUGCUGGUUAAUAUUCUCAACAUAUGCUCUGAUGAUGAGUUGAAUUGCGACGAUGAAAUUGAAGGCAUCACUACAGUUCGAAAGGAGAUCAUCAAGAAUAAAAUCAGAGCCAUUGGGAAGAUGGCACGAGUCUUUUCAGUUCUUCGGGAAGAAAGUGAGAGUGUGCUGACUCUCAAGGGCCUGACUCCUACAGGGACACUUCCUCUGGGUGUCCUCUCAGGGGGAAAGCAGACUAUUGAGACAGCCACAGUACAAGCGGUAGAGGCCCAGGAAGCCAUCAAAGGGUUUUCGCGUCAGCACAGGAUCCGGAGUUUUGAAGAAGCCCGAGGUCUGGACCUAAUUAAUGAGCGGAUGCCACCCCGAAAAGAUAGCCACGAUAGCCACGGGAAGUUGGUAACCCCCAUGCAAUCAAAUGCUUCGCACAGGAGCGAGAAGGGAAAAAAAGCCAGCAAUGACGCAGAGUCCUGCCGUGACAAAGGUGGACCCAAAACUUAAGAGCAAAUUGUAUUUAUUUAUUUAUUAUUGGUAAACAAAACAAGGCAACUUAACUUAAACCUGGAGGUGCAUUCAUAAUAUACACUCUGCAUUUAUUCUGUAAGAAAGGUGACCAUUUUAUAAAUUCUUCUAAUUUAUGUCUAACAUAAAUAUAAGCAGUGCAUCUGUUUUGUUUUCCCUUUUCUUCUUAAUUUUUAGGAAAUGAUCUGACUGACUGAUACAUGUGUGAGGUUUUGUACUAUAAGGGGCACCUUCUCCUAAUAAAAGGGCCUUGGAAACCUCCACCCUGGAUUUCUGGCUUGAACCAGCCAGACUUUCUCUUGUUUUUAGAAUGUAAUGUCUUUCAUUGAUACGAGUAACUUUUCAAACACAAGAAGGUUUUUCCUUUCUACAUGGUACCACUGAAGAAGAUCUCUUAGAUUUCAGUGGCUUAAACUUCUCUUCUUAUGGAAAACUUGAUUAUAGUAGAAUUUGUAAGUGAAUAACCCAAACCUAGUGAUUUUAAGAGCCAAGGGGAAUGUUUUCCAUAACCCACUUUCUUCUGGACUCUCAAUUCCUUUUACUAUGUUCUGGUAAGGCAGAAUAAAAGGUAAUGAGGGGUUUCUUGGAAUUACUUAAAAUUUGUUCAUCUAGCUCUGGGCAUGGCUAGUUUAAACUUCCUUUAAAACUUUGAAGGUUUCUUAAAUGUUGCCAGAUUCUUUGGCUUUCGUUUUUGGACCCCAGGUGAUUUAAUCUGUCUACAAAGGAAGCUACAUGUCUAAAUAUUUUAUAAAUAUCCUCUGUACAACCUUCAGUAUAAGCACUUAUGCCCUUCUGUGUGUUGCAUCAGCGAUUAUAGCAUCUAUUCUCCCAUCGUCCUUUUUUCUGUGUCAGCAUUUUUUUAAUCAACUGGGAUAAUGAAAACAGACUAGGGUAGAAUGAUCCCUUAUGAAUCGGAAGUCUUGCUAAAGGGCAUUGGAUGAGUGAGGAAUUUCAUAUCUUCUAUAUCAAUUACAGGAUGUUUAUCUUUCAACACUCAUCAGGUUGAACUGUCUGUCAGCAUAUUAUGGAAUACAAAGAAAAGUGUUCAGAUAUAAUGUUUGAAUAAUCUUCCCUUGAUUUUUCAAGUCACAACCAACUAGGGAAGAAAACCUCGGGGGUUCUUGGGCUCCCAUUUUUGGUUUUACCUGGUGACAGGUGCUAUGUCAUAAUACCCAUUGGCCAGCUUUGCAGUAGGGUACAUAUCUGGGCAACACUACACCAAAGUGCAUAUUCAUGGAAUUCCUUAAUGUCAUAUGGGCUGUAGGAGUCCAGCACAAGAGCACAUAUCUCAGGCAGUCAUACCUUUGUUGGGAACUUCAAGGACAACAGAAACUUUAUCCAAAAAAACCCCACAAUUUCAUUAGAAAUAUCUGUUUUCUAUAUCUUUUGCUAACAGUUCCGAGUCUGUUUAUGACAAAGAUCAGAGCAUUGAAGGGAUUGUAAUUUGAUGGCAUGAAUUAGUCUGCUUAAACAGAUAGGAAGGAUCCCCAGCUGGUGUGGCUCAGUUGGUUGGAGCAUCAUCCCGUACACUGAAAGGUCACAAGUUGUUUCCUGUCAGGACACACCUAGGUUUCAGGUUCUGUCCAGGGGAGGCCGGAGGGGAACCAGUUGAUGUUUCUCUUUCUCCCUCUUCCUCUCUCCAUGUAAUCAAUUAAAAGAAAGGCAUGUCGCCGAAACCGGUUUGGCUCAGUGGAUAGAGCGUCGGCCUGCGGACUGGAAGGUCCCAGGUUCGAUUCCGGUCGAGGGCAUGUGCCUUGGUUGCGGACACAUCCCCAGUGGGGGGUGUGCGGGAGGCAGCUGGUCGAUGUUUCUCUCUCAUCGACAUUUCUAGCUCUCUAUCCCUCUCCCUUCCUCCCUGUAAAAAUCAAUAAAAUAUAUUUAAAAAAAAAAAAGGCAUGUCCUCCAGUGAGAAUUUAAAAAAUGUACUUAAAAAGAAAAGAUAAGGAUAUUGGGGACGGAAAUGAAAGACCUCAUACUGGGUUGCAGUAAAAACUGUGCAAGAAAGGAGAAAAAGUCUUUACUGAUUGUCAUUUCCUUACAAAUGGAAUUCAUCACCUGGGUGUCCUCAGACUCUUCUUCUCUCAGUUCCAGUACAGAAAAGACCACUGUUGUGGAAGUCUCACCUAAAGUGGAAGUGCAUCCACAUGACACAUUUGAUAGAUGGGGGGUCCCUUAUCCCUUUCUCCUUCUCACUGAGGUGGUGGUUUUACAUACACAACCCACAGGUAGAAACCACUCUUAUGGGCUUCAAUCACAGGCAAGUAGUGGAAUAGUUAUUAGACAUCCAUAUAAGCAAGAAAUAAUAUUGUGCUAGUAAAAAGGAUGAUUAUUUAGGACUGUUUAUUAUCUUCUCAAAAAGAAGCAGUGCGAUCAAGCAAGUUUCCUUAACAGAGGCAUGGCCAAAGGAUGUACCUUACAGGUGCCCUUUGAGCUGUUGAAGGAUCUGCCACAGCAGAGAGGUGAGAAGUCGUCAUUCAAGAAAAGUGGAGUUUAAAAUACAGUAACAACAGCUCUUGAAGGAAGUUAGGUUUGAAAAUCCUGUUGAAUUCUAAAGGAAAAGGUAUUUCUGGUAUUCUGUAGAAAGCUGGGGUAUGUGUUUCAUUAAUUUAAAAAGCUGUGUGUGAAGUCUGUAAGGUACAGAUAGCUUCUUAAAGUGACACUGUCACUCGAUGUACCUACAUAGGCUGGCACCUCUGACUGAAGACAGGUUAGAAGGCAUGAACCUUAAGAAUAUAUUGAAGCUCUGGGCAAGGGGGUGGGGGGUGCUCAGUUGGUUAGAGCAUUGUCCCAAUAGGCCAGGGUUCUGGAUUCAAUCCCCAGAAAAAUGGUAUAGCCCGGCCAGUGUGGCUCUAUGGAUUGAGUCUUGUCCCAUGCAACAAGAGGUCACCAGUUCCAUUCCUGGUCAGGGUACAUACAAGAAUCAACCAAUGAAUGCAUAAAUGGGUGAAACAAUAAUUUGAUGUUCUAUCUUUCUCAAAUCAAUAAAUAAUUUUUUUUAAAAAAAGAA